UCUAGUUCCUAGUUUUGAUCUCUUACUCUCUCGUGUAGUAGCUUCCUAUCACUGGUAGACAUCUAGAGCUCACUAGACGGACACUAACAGUACCCAGACGUGCCAGAUACAUAGUCCCUACUGCAUCACGAUACCCGCCUUCUACUCUCUCGUGACAUUUUUCAGCAGAUAAACACAACACAUCGCCUGAAAAAUCCACACCAAUUUUACUGCAUUGCACUUAAUAUCUUUGUCACUGCGUAAAAGCCAUCCACAGUGCACAUAGAUUGCGUAGUCACUAGCAGCAGGCUUUUGCCUGACUGCCAAGCCCUGAAUCCAACGGGCCGUGCGAACCUGAUGCAUCUCGUCCAUAUCGCGAUCAUUCUCUAAUAAUAACCUCGUUAUCCCCACUUCCAUCUCCAACUUUGGGCAAUGCCUGGCAUCCAACGCUCGAAAGCUUCGUAAUAAAUUAUCGCUCUACCCAGCGCAUAGUGUCGACACAUGCGGCUUCGCAGCAUCCUCAACCAUGUCAAUGUCUCCGGAAACUUACGUUUUCUAUUAGGCAAAGGCCGUUACAGAUAUACAGUUUUACCUAGUCCGACAUCAAUUCGGCUGCUAGAGCUUCUCCCAGCCUCGAAGAAUGAUGCUGACGAUCUCACGUGCCGCUUGAAGUCCUUCGAACUUCAUGAUGCGCCACCCUUUCAUGCUCUGUCUUACACAUGGGGUAGUCCUCUGGUCCAAGUUUCGAAGUCGCUGGCAAAGAGCGGUGAUUCCUACAGUACAUCUUGUGGACCCCAGGUAACCCGCAGUUUCCGUCGACAUCCAAUUAUAUGCGAUGGGCAGAUCAUCAAAGUAACGUCCAAUUUGCGCGACGCCUUGAACAUGCUUGCCAGUAGGGUCGCUACACCAGACCCACUGAACGGACCAAUGUAUUAUUGGAUAGAUGCUUUGUGUAUCAAUCAGUCAAAUGUAGAGGAAAGAAAUGCUCAAGUCACCAUGAUGGGGAAAAUAUUCGCAGCUGCCGAAAGCGUUAUCGUAUGGCUAGGGAAGAAGGAUGAUUUUACGUUAGAUGCAGUCACAACAGUAAAGAGGGUGGCCGCCAUCCCAGAGGAAGAGUGGGGGGAUAUAUCGUACACAUCCUUUUACGAUUCUACAACAGAUUUUGGUCAACGUCGUCCCGAUCUAUCCUACUACAACUGGUUGGGUUUCGUUGCUUUCAUAAACAGAGCAUGGUUCAAAAGAGCAUGGAUUGUGCAGGAGAUUGCCCUGGCGAAGAAAGCAACUAUCGUUUGCGGCAACAAGGUAUUGUCGUGGGACGAGUUGUCACACACAAUGUCAUUUCUCAGAGCGACCAAAUGGUAUCAUCACCUGCGUACAGAAAAGCUGAAACACGUGAAGGUUUUGCAGAAGAGCCCUGGAAUCUACAAACGUAUCUUGCAGGCAAAGUUGGAAAUUGGCGUUGGUCCUAUCUAUGUCAAUGCAGUGCGGCUGAGAGUUGCUGCUGCCAUGAUAUCUGGCCACCUAGAAAGCAACAAACUGCUUUCACUCAGGAUAUUACUCGAGAUACACCGAUUCUCUCAGUCCACUGACCCACGGGAUAAGAUCUAUGCAUUCCUCGGCCUGGCGGACAAAUCCAUUGAGCCUUUUCAGACACAAUCCAAAUCACUUAUUCCGAACUACAACCGAUCCGUACAACAGGUAUAUUCAGAUGUAGCGCGAGCUUUACUGAUCUCGAACGGAACUCUAUCAACCUUAGAGCAGGUCCAGGAUCCAUCGCGCACUAAGAUUCCUGAUCUCCCUAGCUGGGUUCCAGAUUACUCGAUACAACUCAAGCCAUACCCGCUACGUCUCCGCGGACCUACCGUCUGGACAGCGAGCGACAAGCGGACGUGGCGGCCAAAUAUACUCACCUUGGAGAAUGGCCUACUGGACGUCCAGGGUUUCAGGCUCGACUGUGUUCAUCGGACGGCGCUUGUACUUGAUGAGUCAAAGGACCCUUCUGCUAUGUGGGCGAGCUAUGUCAAGCUCGCACUUUCCCUGACUUUGCCCUAUCCCAAUCCUACUAGAAAGAGCCACGAGCCCUCACGCGUGGAGCUAUUGUGGCGGACAUUAUGCACCGACACCUACAAUAAGGUAUCGCCAGCACCUCCAGAUACAGGGACUCUCUUCAUCGACUACGUUCUCAAUCUCCAAAUUCGUCACCGAUUAAUGCCGUGGUCUCGCAACGAAGAAUUCCAACCACAUUUCUCACCAUUGUCAGAAUCCAUCUACCCCGAGUGGGGUAGCCUGUUCGCCCUCGAGCCCGACAGUACCAAGUAUAGCCUCAAGUCCUACAAAGAUCGCCUAAUGACAGUUAUCGAAAACACGUUCAAUGGCACCUAUAGUCCAGUUGAGCUGUCACAGCUGCAACACGAUUUCGACCAAGGCGGUGGCAAACAGCGACGCCUAUUUUCCACUCAGUCAAACUUCUUAGGCACUGGUCCUCGUUCCUUGAAAGUCGGUGAUGAAGUUUGGAUCUUGAAUGGCGGUCCAGUGCCAUAUAUCUUACGACCACAGUCUAAUGGCAACUAUCGCCUGAUCGGAGAAGCAUUCGUCUAUGGCGUGAUGCAUGGGGAAGCUCUCACCAUGCGUCUUCAAGAGCAACAGAUCUCAAUUGAAUAG